AUGAAAAGUGGUUCAUUUAGUGGACUCCAAAAGAGAAUUUGUGAAAUAGUGCCCAAUGCAACUUUUAUGCACUGCUGUUCUCAUAAUAUUAACUUAAUAAUAUGUGAUGCCGCUAAGAGUUCCAGGAAAGUUCAAUCAUUUUUUGAAAUUGUACAAGAUAUUUUCAAUUUUUUUAGUUCAAGUGGUCCCCGGUGGACCGAUUUAGCUUUCGGCGAAGAAGAAGGAACUGUUAUUAGAAAAGUUGUAUUAAAAAAACUAUGCGCAACUCGGUGGGAAGCCCGUCAUAAUGCAUUAUAUUCUUUGAGAAUGCGGUUUGUAGAUAUUUUAAAAGCUCUCACAAAAUUACAGUUGACAAGUACAAAAAAAAAUGAAAGAGAUAUGGCCUUAGCUCUUAAGAAAAAGUUAGAAUCACCAGAAUUUAUUUUGAUAUUGUGUGUUUGGGAAAAUAUUUUAAAGUCUAUGCAAUUUGUAUCCAAAAAACUGCAGUCUGUUGACUUGCAUUUGCAACAGGCCUUGGAUCAAUUAAAUACGGCCAUCUCAGAUAUCAAAUUGAUGCGUGAAAACUAUGAUACAAUUGUUGACAAAGCAAAAAAAAUGUGUGAUUCAUGGAGUAUACCAUUUACAUUCCAUCAAAGCCGUGAACGGUAUAGUAAAUUAUUUCCCGGUGAAAUUGAUGGUGAUAGACGACUAACAAUUACCCAGGAUAAUUUUAAAGUAACUGUUUUUUAUCCUGUUAUUGAUACUAUAUUAUCACAGCUAAAAUUUAGAUUUACUGGAUUGAACACUGUAUGUGAUUAUUUCAGAUUUUUAAUACCGUUUAGUAUGAUUUCAAUGACAAAAGAACUUUUAAUUAGGUCAACUUAUGAUUUUAUUGAAAAGUACCGUGACGAUAUUAGUAGUGACUUCACGCGUCAAAUAGUCAGUCUUCAAGAUUUUUUUUCUUUCAAAGGAUAA